UCACUAGCUGGCCAGCUUCAACUCCACCACACACCAAUGUCCGACAGUUCGGUACUCGGGGAAUGGGGCGCUCCCCAGCCUGCAGGACAGACCACGAUCCAGACUGUCCUGGGAGCCGUCGCGAUUUGUUGUGUCGCCGUGGUUUUUUACUCUCUCGUUCGAUACUUCCUGAAGAAACAGCAUGCAGCAGAGGUAGAAGAGAUACAGCUGCCCACACUGCCGCAGUCGAGCUUUCAGGAAGCUAGCAAGAUUUCGGGUGCAGGUGAUCAGUGCUCGGUCUGCCUGGAAGAGUUCGUGGAGACCGACGUGGUGUCCGUUCUCCCUCGCUGCAGCCACAUGUUCCAUCAAAUCUGCAUUCGGGAUUGGAUGGCGGAAUGCAGCCGGCGGUUGCCGACCUCUCUGCCGACGUGCCCGCUCUGUCGGCUUGAUUACCAGGAGACAGUCUGAUGAUCGAUUGUGGCGCAUAGUAUUCCUUGUUUCGGCGCACCUUAUCGAAGAAAUGAUUAAGUUGAAG